UUGAGACCUUUAUUCCAAUGGGUCCUUUAUACCUUUCCUAUGGCUGCUUCAGAAAUCGCAUCGUAGAUCGUAGUCACAAUCGCAGUCCAUAGCAUUCAAAGUCCAAACCUUCAAAACUCCCAAAAACAAAUCCCUAAUCUCACGCCCGCCACCAAUGGCGUCGACAGCACGAUCUUCCUCCACGCUCCUCAAGCGAUUCCUGGCCACGCGCAUCAACCAGUCCCGCUCCGUUACCUAUAUGCCCCGUCCCGGAGACGGCGCCCCGCGCGCCGUCACACUGAUUCCCGGCGAUGGGAUCGGUCCUCUAGUCACCGGCGCCGUUGAGCAGGUGAUGGAGGCGAUUCACGCGCCGGUGUACUUCGAGAAGUUCGAGGUCCACGGCGACAUGAAGGCGGUGCCGCCGGCGGUGAUUGAGUCGAUCCGGAAGAACAAGGUGUGCCUCAAGGGAGGACUCGCGACGCCGAUGGGCGGCGGUGUGAGCUCACUGAACGUGCAGCUGAGGAAGGAGCUCGACCUCUACGCUUCACUCGUCAACUGUUUCAACCUCCCUGGUAUUACCACGCGCCACAACAACGUCGACAUCGUCGUAAUCAGGGAGAACACCGAAGGCGAGUACUCCGGCCUCGAGCACGAGGUCGUCCCGGGCGUCGUUGAAAGCCUCAAGGUAAUAACGAAGUUCUGUUCGGAGCGCAUUGCUAAAUAUGCUUUCGAGUAUGCUUACCUUAAUAACAGAAAGAAAGUGACUGCUGUGCACAAAGCAAACAUUAUGAAGCUUGCAGAUGGUUUAUUCUUGGAAUCUUGUCGGGAGGUUGCAACAAAGUAUCCCGGAAUCAAGUAUAACGAAAUUAUUGUAGAUAACUGCUGCAUGCAGCUUGUAUCAAAGCCUGAGCAGUUUGAUGUCAUGGUGACCCCCAAUCUGUAUGGAAAUCUCGUUGCAAAUACAGCAGCAGGUAUUGCUGGAGGUACUGGUGUCAUGCCAGGAGGAAAUGUUGGGGCUGAGCAUGCUGUGUUUGAGCAAGGUGCUUCAGCUGGGAAUGUUGGCAGUGGGAAGGAAGUGGAAGAGAAGAAAGCCAACCCUGUGGCACUGCUUCUUUCGUCAGCCAUGAUGCUGAGACACCUCCAGUUUCCUGCAUUUGCUGACAGACUGGAAACUGCGGUGAAACGUGUAAUUCUAGAGGGUCAAUGCCGGACACAUGACCUUGGAGGGACAAGCACCACUCAAGAGGUUGUUGAUGCUGUGUUAGAUGCUUUAAACUGAUUAAGUGAUUAACCUACUUUCUGACCUUGCAAACGAAGUCAGCUUCGUAUAUUCUUUUCAACUAAUUAUAUCAACAUUAAUUGAGCUCCCAUGAGAGUUGAAUUUGGCAAAUUUUUGGUGCUAAAUAAUGUCUAUUCAACAUAGAAGAUGAUGUGAUGAGGAUUUAUUUAUUCUGUACUUAAA